GUGCUGUUUGGGGAUAAUAUAUUCCCUUCAUGCUACUGCAGUAAAGCAUCUAUAUGUGUAAAAAAUAGGACCAUUUAUCAGCAUAGAGCCACAGAGAAUAGAUUCCCUUUGUCUUUAAUAAAAGGGAAAGGAUAUGUAAUACGUGAACUGAAUCUCCGUCCACAAUAAUUUUCUGUAAUACUUUUGUUAUUCCGCCUCCUAAUAUUCAAUUCCAUAUAUCUCCUCCUGAUAUCUUUCUAUUUCCAUCAUCCUCUUCUUUCCUCAUCUCUCCACUAAUAUAUAUGUCAUACCUGAACACCAAAACUCUUCAUAUGUAUCAUAAAAACCAGAGUUGCUUGAAAGUUUGAGAUAGUUGCAACGGCCAACCAUAAUAGUGUGCAGAACAAGAACAAGACUCUGCGAAUACUAAAGCUGCUGAGAGCUCCUUCAACAACAGCUGGUAGAGUGUGAGUGCCAUAGCAAUAUGGAGAACGGAGCUACCGCCACUGCUGCUGCUCCUGCUGCUGCUCCUGCUGCUGCUGCUGCUGAGUCUCCAAGCUCCAUUAGGAAGAUUAUCACUGUUGCGGCCAUAGCCGCCGGUGUACAGUUCGGAUGGGCUCUGCAACUUUCCCUUUUGACCCCUUAUGUACAGACCCUUGGGGUUCCCCACGCAUGGGCUUCUUUCAUCUGGCUCUGUGGACCCCUCUCCGGCCUCAUCGUGCAACCCAUUGUAGGCUACUACAGUGACCGCUGUACCUCACGGUUCGGCCGCCGCCGUCCUUUCAUCACCAUCGGCGCCGUGUCUGUCAUUUUCGCCGUCUUCCUCAUCGGCUUUGCCAAAGACAUUGGCCAUCGCGCGGGUGAUUCGUUGGAAAAAUCCUUAAAGCCCAGAGCGGUGGUGACAUAUACUAUCCCUUUUGCUUUGGCAUCAAUCUAUUGCUCGACAACUGGGGGAGGUCAAGGGCUCUCCCUGGGAGUGCUAAACUUGUCCAUUGUUAUUCCACAGAUGUUUAUUUCGGUAAUCAGUGGGCCGCUGGAUGGAGCAUUUGGUGGUGGUAACUUGCCAGCCUUCGUGUUAGGUUCGAUUGCAGCUGCAUUUAGUGCAUUGAUGGCGAUUUUUUUGCUUCCAAAGCCUCCCAAGCAAGUUUCUCUUGCUCCUGGAAUGAGUGGUGGGCACUGAGCCAAAGGCUUUCUUCUUCUACUUUGCUUAACUACCUUGCUUUUGCUUUUUGUCUUUAACCACCGUGGUCUUUAAACUUCUUUUCCUCUUCUCUUUUACUUUGGCCUUCAUAAGGGUUGAAUGCACUUCUAUGCAUUCUCUUUCAUAUUCUCUAUGCCGAAGUUAUACAUGUAUGCAUAUAUAUAUAUAUAUAUAUGUAUAUAUAUGGUAUUUACUUUAUUGAUGCAUAUGAUCAAUAACUUAUUCCAGCUGUU